AUGUAUGAACCAGCUGAUGGCCAGCUGGGCCUGGGCACAGCAUGUGGAUCAGGUAACUCACAGGUGACAGAUUUGAUGAGCAUCAGGAAAUUUGGCAACCCGCCAUCAACCUGUGUGCCAAUUGGCGGUGUAAUGGUGUGCGAGCCUCAAGAUUUGAAGAAGAGGGGCAGUGUUAUACCAGAAUUCUACGGAAAAUCCCAAUCCUCUGAAGAGCUUAUCUUUGCUCAAAUUGAAUGGGCUUCUGCUGGCGCUGAAUGGUCUAGGCUUUCGAAGGAUCAAGAACGUCAAGCCAUGAAGCGUACUUUCUCAACCAAGUCGAAUAAGCCUCAUCAUAACGGCAAUGAUUUGCCAAUUGAGCUGACAAUGGAGAAGUUUCUUGCGGCGCUGCUUCAAGCGAAUGCAGAGUUGGUAGAGGCUCUGAAGCAAUACGAAGACCUUGAAAAGGUUGCUAUGGAAUGA